AUGUUCUCUCAAUCGGAGCCAAAACGUGUUGUUCAUCACCGGUCUUACGUCUACCGUGAUCGUGAGGCUGCCUAUUUACGUCUUAUGCAAGACUACUUCAACGACAAUCCGACGUAUGGGCCUACAUUUUUCUCACGUCGUUUUCAGAUGCAGAAUGAGUUGUUCUUGUGCAUCGUCGAUGCUGUGCAAGAUGAAGAUAGUUACUUCCAUAUGAGCCAUGAUGCAGGAGGUCGGGACUCUCUCACGCCUUUGCAGAAAUGCAAGGUGGCUAUCCGCCAAUUAGCCAUCGGCGUUAGUGCGGAUACUUUCGAUGAGUACCUCAAGGUCGCCGACACGACGGGGUGUCUAUGCCUAAAGAGAUUCUGCAGAGCUAUCAUCCGAGCAUACAGAGCCGAGUAUCUUCGAUGUCCUAAGGUGGCGGAAGUCCAACGCCUUCUUUAG